UCCCAGGUAGGAAGUGCCACAUGAAUUCAGAUGACACCCGCCUACACCGAGAUCUGGACCAAUGGGUGGCUCCGGAGUACCUGCGAGACCUUCACCGAGAAGGCUUUUAUUUUGUUGAGUUGUUGAGUUCGGGAGAGAGGGUGAAUUUUAACCUCACACUUUAUAUGUCUUGUGUGUGUUUUUCUUUUUUUUAAUUAAUUCAACUAUGGACCGACCCAGCCUUCGGAGACUAUUUUCUGCUUGUGAUGUGGACAAAUCCGGUAAGAUCGAGUACGAGGACUUCACCGUUGUCUGCCGGGAGCUCAACGUCCCAGAAACCGAGAUCAAGACUCUGUUCGACAAGUUCGACGUGGACGAAGACGGAUACAUCGACUACAACAAGUUCUCCUCCAGGUUUCAGGAGGUUUCAGAGACUCUGGACCUGGCGUCUUUCGGUGCCGGGUCGUCCCAAAACCGAGGCGGUCCGUGGGAAGAGUUUGUGGGCAGGUUGGAUGAAGAGUCUCUCCUCUCUGAAAGUCUCAUGGAGCAGCUGGCUGAUCUUUACAAGGCCAUUCACUCCUCUGCAAACAUGACUCUGCUGCAGCAGUAUGAGGAAAUCGUCCACUCUGUGAUCAGUCAAAGCCUGGACAACAGACUGGAGUGUGAACAGCUGGAGACCAGUUUAAAGCGAGCUGAGGAGAUGAACAACAGUCAGCUGACAGAACUGGAGGACGAUAUACAGCAGCAACUAUCCAGAACAGAGGAGAGGGUGAGAGAAGAGGAGCGAAAGAAAAUGGAGGGAAUUUUGGCGACCAUGCAGAGGAAGCAUGAAAAUACGGUCACAGAACUGCAUACAACUGUGGACAGACUGUUAAAGAGCCAGGAGGACUCUGAACUCAACAAUACAAAGGAGGAGGUGGUCAGACUGAACCAACAAAUCAGUGAUCUCUCACAAGAAAAUGAUCAGCUGCGGACCUCUCUGCUGCAAGCCCAGACAGACAUCGCCAUCCUGCACUCAGAGCUGGAUAAGCUGAAGAACAUGUAUGCAGACCAUAAAGCUCAACACGAAAGAGAGACAGAUGAUUUGAAGAGGAUGGUUGUGGAAUACCAGUCAUAUUCCAGUCAGAUUCAGGUUCUCCAGGAAACAAAUAAAAAGCUGUAUGACAGUAAUGACGGGCUGCGCUCAGCUUUGGCCCGUGAAGCGGUGGCAGCCAAAAGGAGGCUGUCUCCCCAAAAUGAAAUCCCAGCCCGAAGGAUGAAACCCCUCCGACAGAGUACUCUCAACCACGACAGCUCCCGGCCGGAUCCCAGCAAAACGACGUACUCUCAUGUGGCUACCUGGGCUGAUAAGUACCUGGACAGUGGAGUCUCCCUGCAGAUGGACACAGCUGAGAGCGCAGGCAGCGAUUAUGACAGCGAUGACAGCAGUAGCUCGGUGGAAACUGUGCACCACAGUUAUUCGUAUGUCCCGUCUGAUGUGGAGAUAUCAGAAGUGAAAUCUGAAGCUACAGUCUCAAUGGCUCCUAGCGCAGUGAGCUCCAUUGCAUCAUCCCUCCGACGACGUUUGUCUGCAUUUUCCACAAAGCCUUUAGAUACAGACAUAGAGGAGACUGAGGAACCUUGUCCGCUGUAUCGUCUGGUUUUAGCCGGAGACGCAGGAGCUGGAAAGUCCAGCUUCCUGCUGAGACUCACGCUCAACGAGUUCAGAGGAGACAUUCAGACUACGCUGGGAGUUGAUUUCCAAAUGAAGAGGAUGCUAGUGGAUGGAGAGAAGACGAGCCUGCAGAUAUGGGACACAGCUGGGCAGGAGAGGUUUCGUAGCAUUGCCAGGUCCUAUUUCCGUAAAGCUCACGGAGUCCUGCUCCUCUAUGAUGUUACUUCAGAAAGCAGCUUCCUUAACGUGAGAGCGUGGGUGGAUCAGAUUCAGGAUGCAACAGAGGAGAAAAUCCCCAUGUGUGUUAUUGGAAACAAGGUGGACCUCAGAGAGCAGCUUCCAGAGGGAAGCUGUGUGAGCAGUUUACACGGAGAGAAGUUGGCCAAGGCAUACGGUGCAUUGUUCUGUGAAACGAGUGCCAAAGAGGGAACCAAUGUCGUUGAGGCUGUGCUUCAUCUAGCGAGAGAAGUAAAGAAAAAUGUCAAACUGAGGCGGCAGUCAGAUUCUCAGGUCAGACUGAGUCCAACAAACCCAAAGAAGACUCUUAACGCCUGCUGUGGACGGUAGAUGGUUAAAAUCAGUAGAUAUGACGGAGCAAUGAAGGACACCAAGUGAUUUUUAUUUUGUGAUGAAGGAUAUCAGUUUUCUUACAUGUUUUAACCUUUAAAAUAUUUAACUCUCAAGCCUUAUAUAUGUAUAUAUUUUCAUAAAAGUAAAUUCUCUGAUCAAAAUGAAGAUUUCUAUUGAUAGAAAACAUGCACGAAUAUAAAUGCACAUAAUGUAAUCAUGCUUAUAUUUUUCCUAGUUUUUGUAUUUAUUUGGUAGUAAAGUAAUUUUAAAUGAAUAAUUAACAUUAAAGAAACGCAUUUAAGUCUUUUAAAAUUAGUGCACUUUUUUUUCCCUCUUAGACCAAACUUCUGUGACAAAUGUGCUAGGAUAUAAAAAAAAUCAAGAGAGAAAGACAAAAUACAUUUUUUACAACAUUUUUAUUAAGCAUGGCAAGCAUUGCUUAUGUAAGCGAUUUUACAUUUCAGUUUAAACACCUUCAAUUAUUGGAGCACUGAUCAACCAUAUCUCAGAAUUGUCAUUUUGAACGUGUUAUUCAUUUACUAAAAUUCAUGCCACUUUUUUUUUUUGUAUCUGUGAUACCAGAAUAUUUUCCAGGACAUUUUUUUUUUUUUUU